GGUAUGGUGGGUUCAAACUUAAACCAACUAUUAGCCCUAGUUAACAGAAUACUUUUCUAUCAAAUCGUAUUACCUACAAUGUUCUAUGCUUUUCAACAUGUUUUUAUGUUUUAUUAUUAAAAAUAUAUUUUGCUGGAUAGCAAGUAUCAUAUUUGAUAUCUGCCUGAAGAAAUCAGAUAUCUCUUUCGAGCAAAUUAAUUUUAGCAUGAAACAAAUAAUGAUUCCUUAUCUUCAACUAAGAGGCGAGGCUUUUCAUAAAUAUCAAAGUCCAAUACAAGUUCAAAAUAUAUAUGUAACCAAAUUCUGUCUAUCUUUUCCUAGUAUUACAAAAGUUUUGAAGGAGCCUAUUCAGAUAAGUGUCAAAGAAGUUUGUGUUAAUCUACUUUUUAAAGACAGCCUAGAAACCUUUAGAGAUCAAGAAAAGAUGUUUCAAAAUCUCAAAGUAAUUUUAGUCACGAUCGCCUCUCUCUUGAAAUUAGACUGCCCAGGUCUGACACCUGAAGUAGAUGCAGAUGCAGUCAAUCAAGUCAAAAAAAACAUGCUCUUGUCUGCUCCUAAAAUGGGGUUUAUCUUAAAGUUGAUUUGGAAUGUGGUGGAUAACAUGGUCUUUAAGGUCGAGCGCAUUUGCACAAAUUAUGAAGUGUUGUCUGAGACGUCUAAGAGAGAACACUGUUUAAUAUGUUUGGUUUUUUCAAUGGGUAUUGAAACAACAGACAAAAACUGGGUAAAAGCGUUUGUAAAUCAUUACGACAUCAACAACUUUAGAAAAAUCAACAUCAGCGACUUAUAUUUGAGUAUAAAUGCCAACAAAGCGCGCAAUAUUUCAAAUGGUAAAACAGAAUUGAAGAAAAUUGAGCAGUUCCAGAAUUCAGACAUGAAUAUUGAUUGUGAAAUGGCUGAGCAUAUUUUGAAAAUUUCCUCAAUUGAAGCAAAGGUGCACAUUCAUCGUGGUUUCGACAUCAAUACUCCAAAGAUACGUGUAGAGAAUUCAGUAGACACUAUUGAUGUUUCACUAAAUAAAGGACAGUAUCGGCUUUUUUUAGAUGCUAUUUAUACACAUUUGAAGGGUCAAGCCAAAGGUUCAAAGCUUGCCGGGGGACAGAGCCAAGCGAUGGGGAUCAAUACUAGGAAAGCAGUGGACUACAUGUUGUCCAAGAACCUUCGAGUUGAUGUAGAUUGUCCUCUGAAUGACAUGGAUCAAAACAAGUGGUACACUUCGCCCCCGAACAAAAAAGCUGCGGAAUCUUCUGAGGGUCAAAUAGACUCCCAAUCCAGCAAGGAAGACGAUAUGAGUCAGCAAUCCGGCACCUUUGGAAUUUUGGCGUACUUCGAUAGUUCAGAUAAUGCCUUAUUUCAUGCUGAUGAACAACACUGA